AUGGGUGCUACGUCUUUUCUUAUUCUCCGGCCUUCUCUCUAUAAUUUAUUUAAUUGCGGUUUUCAGAUGCAAGAUCUCGAUAUCAAUGUGAAAGAUGUAGCGUCAGGCCAACGACGACUUAUGUGUCUAGGAGAUGUUUGUAUGAAGAAUUCGAGUACAAAGGUCGUUGAAAAAGUAUUUAUGGUUUUAUUUGAUGAUAUCCUUGUGUGCUUGCAACGCCGUAGUAAUCAAAAAUAUGUGUUUAUCCAACAGGAGCAAUCGGUGUUCCCUGUCAGUGGCCUCAUUCUGCGACCAGCCGAUCGUAGCGCAUCUGUGAUGAUCAUCUCUGGUGCCAUUACAAAGCCAGCACUCCUAGAAGUGGAGUUCAACUCAAAAACGGAUCGCCAGAAAUGGAUCAAAACGCUGGAGACGGCUAUUCAUAGCGCCCCUGUCAAAGUUCGGAUGUCGCCGCGAAAUGAGGACGAAGCCGCUAGGCAAAUUGAGAUCGAACGGCAAGUCCAGGUGAGACGACAGAAGGAAGCCGAAGAAGCCUGGCUACGGAAGCUGGAUGAGAUGUUC